UCUGCUGCAAAAGUUUGCAAAGUUUUCAAGCUGUCAUUGGCAAUCGGCGAGAGGCGGAUGGAGGAACAAGCGAUUAUAAGCAAAGGCCGAUAAACAACAAGCCAAGCACGGGGAAUAAAUAAACAAUAGAAGAUAAAAAUGAAACGUGAAUUGCAGAAAAUAGUUUAAAUGCGCGCUCGAACGCCGUGACCCCGAUGGAGCUGAUCUGAAUUGCUAUUCGGCACCGUGUUAGAGGCAAUAAAUGAAUGUAAACUUCAGCGUUCUGUGCUGCCAAGAUGACCCGUUUGGACUGCGGGUUUCACACUGCGCAUGGAGCGUCUGCCAUCCACUUCUUCAUGGUACUUGUAACCGUGCUGGACAACUGCAAGUCUGGGCUUGGAUUACUACGACAACCAGAGAGAUUCCUCCAGGACCUUCCUCAGUAUGAAGUGGUUCACCCCACUAGAGUGAAUGUCAGAGGUCACUUCCUGUCCAACUUCCUGUCUCAUCGCGCUCGCCGCAUACAGCGUCGCCAUGCCUCGGGGGAGUCCAGGGAUCAGGAGCGAAUCUUCUAUCAGUUGUGGCAUGCUGGCCACAGUUUGCACUUUAACUUGACUCUCAACCCACAUCUGCUGGCCCCGGGCUUCCUGACAGAAAGUCGGUACGGUGGACUUAAAGGGGUAAAGAUCCGCCCCACUGGAUCCGCUCAGUGCCAUUUCCUGGGUGAAGUGUGGGAUGGGCCUGCUGUCAAAGGGAGUGCAGCAAUAAGCACCUGCGACGGAUUGACAGGAUUGUUCAAGUUGUCCAAUGAAGAAUUCUUCAUCCAGCCUCUGGAGAAGCCACAUGGUGAGCCCUCAUCACCACAGGCCCAUGCCAUCUUCAAACGCCAUGCCCCCCUCCUGUCAUCAUGGAGUCCAGUUGUACAGCCCAUCUCAAGGGAACAAGCAGUCAAUGGUUCAUGUGGCGUCAAAGACUCCCAUCACAGUUUGGAAGAGAUUGAGAGGAAGCGGGAAUAUUGGGAGCAGCGACAGAAAAGGAGAAAGCGAAGGAUCCAUCGACGAUCUAUCAGCAAAGAGAAGUGGGUGGAAACACUUGUGGUGGCGGACCCUAAAAUGGUGGAAUACCAUGGAAGCAAAGGUGUUGAAAGCUACAUUCUUGCUGUGAUGAACAUUGUAGCAGGUCUUUUUCAAGACCCAAGUAUUGGAAACGCCAUCAACAUUGUUGUGGUUCGACUCAUCUUACUGGAGCAGGAUGAGGAAGACUUAAAGAUAACUCACCAUGCCGACAACAGCUUAAAUAGCUUCUGCAAGUGGCAGAAACAACUCAACAUGAAGGGCGAUGAUCAUCCUCUGCACCACGAUGUGGCCGUUCUCCUCACAAGGAAGGACAUCUGUGCAUCAAUCAACAUGCCUUGCGAAACGCUGGGUUUGUCCCAUGUGAUAGGAAUGUGUCAAUCACAUCGGAGCUGCAGUAUUAGCGAGGACACAGGCCUGCCGCUGGCCUUCACUGUUGCGCAUGAACUGGGUCACAAUUUUGGGAUUCAACACGAUGGCAAUGGCAACGACUGUGAACCCAUUGGAAAAAAACCUUUCAUCAUGUCUCCGCAGUUGCUCUAUGGCACCUUACUGCCCAGGUGGUCCAGAUGCAGUCGGCAGUACAUCACACGCUUCCUGGAUCGUGGAUGGGGUUGGUGCCUUGAUGAUGCCCCUUCGAAGGAUACUAUUUCACAAGGCUCGCUGCUUCCUGGGGUUCUGUACAGCGCUGCCCACCAAUGCCGGUUGCAGUACGGCUCUGGCUCCCUGCUAUGCGAUGACAUGGAUAAUGUGUGUGACACACUGUGGUGUACGGUGGGAGCAACGUGCCACUCCAAGCUGGAUGGGGCUGUAGAUGGAACCAGUUGUGGCCAAGAUAAGUGGUGUUUCAGUGGGCAGUGUAUCAAAGCUGGACAUUACCCUGACAGUGUCAACGGAGGCUGGGGUAUGUGGAGUGAGUGGUCAGCCUGUUCAAGGUCAUGUGGGGCAGGAGUUGAGAGUGCACAGAGGGACUGUGAUGACCCGGUUCCCAGGAACAGAGGCAAGUACUGUUUGGGAGAAAGACAGCGGUAUCGCAUCUGUAAAACAACACCAUGUCCUCACAACACGCCCACUUUUCGAGAUAUGCAAUGCAGUCACUUUAACAGUGCACUCUACAAGGGCAAAUUCUACAAGUGGGUGGCAGUCAUAAGCAGAGUCAGUCCCUGCGAACUCCACUGCCGUCCUCUCAAUGAAGACUUCUCUGAAAAGAUGCUUGAUGCCGUCACUGACGGUACCCCAUGCUUCGAAGGCAACAAAAGCAGAGACAUGUGCAUCAACGGCAUUUGUAAGAAUGUUGGCUGUGACUACGUGAUCGAGUCAAGUGCGGUGGAGGAUCGAUGCGGAGUGUGUCUUGGUAAUGGCUCCACCUGUGCAACUGUGAGGAAAACGUUUGAGAAGAGCGAAGGACUUGGUUAUGUGGACAUUGGACUCAUCCCAGAGGGAUCGUGGGACAUCAGGAUUGAGGAGAUGGCUGAAGCUGGGAAUUUCUUAGCGCUCAGAGGUGACGGCCCCAACAAGUAUUAUCUGAAUGGCGGCUGGACUAUACAGUGGAAUGGCGAGUACAAGGCAGCCGGGGCUGUGUUUACAUAUGAGCGCACUGGACAUCUAGAGAACCUGACCUCGCCUGGACCCACCUUGGAACCACUAUGGAUUCAGCUCCUCUUUCAAGAGACCAAUCCAGGAGUGCGCUACGAAUACACAAUCAGUCAAAAUGUUUCUGAGGACAAUAACGGCUCAGCCUCAAUUUUCUUCUGGAAGUGUGGAUCAUGGAGUGAAUGUAGUGCCACCUGUGGAGAAGGUGUUCAGCGGCAAAUUUUUCACUGUGUUGAAAGAACCAACGGAAUAGUGGAUGAGUCAUCAUGUGACCCUUUAACCCGACCUGACGACAACCAAACCACCUGUAACAAGGAGCCUUGUCCAGCUAUAUGGUGGGUAGGUGAGUGGCAGGAAUGCUCUGCAAGCUGUGGGAGCUCUGGUGUGACUAAAAGAACAGUGCUGUGCAUACAAGCCGUCAGCGUGGAAGAUCAGAAAGCCCUCCCGCCCAGUGAGUGUGAACACAUCCCAAAACCCGAGUCCGUUUUGUCCUGUAACACAGAGAUCCCAUGCCCGGCCGAUUGGACAACUGGCAGUUGGUCAAAGUGUUCACUAACGUGUGGAAGAGGAUUACGUCGGCGUAACGUUACCUGCUCCAGAAACACUGGCGUUGACUGCAACCUGCAACAGAAGCCCAUCUCUCUUAGUACCUGUUCGAUUCAGGACUGUCCACAAAUCGUGGAUAAUUUCGGUGACAAUGACUCAUCUGGAAGUGGAUGGACAAGUGAAGACGUGUUGAAUGAAAUUAACUUCAUACCUGUGGCCAAACUGCCUCCGAAGUACAGUCCCACCAAAGUCCAGUUAAAAAAUGAUAAUCCAAAUGACCUGAAUAACAUUUUUGAGGACUUUCAUUAUCACAAUGAGAUAGAAAGUGAAGACAAUGCUCCUAAAGUGGAUGACUUUUACUAUGACUACAACUUCAUCAAUUUCCAUGAAGACUUAUCGAACGAGAGUGGCGAAAUUGCUUUUUUAUAUGAGGAAGAACCAACUGGCCGUGUGAAGGACACAAGUCAUUCUUCGGAACCUGCAGAAUCACACAGCAUUACUAAAAACAACCUGAAGGACAACGGAAACCCUGAGGAUGGAGAAGCCGCUCAAAAGCACUCUGGAGGUUUUGACGAUUACCUUGCUGAGGAUUAUCUUCUGCCUGUCUCCACCACUCGGUCACCACCGGGACAUUCCUUCCGAAAAGAUGGAAAAGAAGAUCCCCUGUGGUCUGAAAACAAUAACACCAGCCCCCCUCUGGAUGACACUACCAGGGAGCCCACACAGAGUACAAAUAUGGGGCAAGAUAGAGAAGAUGUUAAAAAUAAUCACAAUUCCACAAAGGAAGAGAAUCACUCUGGGGAAUUCACUCCAUCACACGCUGCUUCGGUUCCUCGAAUACACGCUGAGAACAGUCACACUGUCACAUUGACAGCGAACACCCGAAGAGAGGACGAUUUAAAAUUGCACCAAACAUACACUAUGCCACAGUUUACUACCCUUAAGUUUUUCGAAUCCUCAGUGCCAGGAAAUGUAGGAAAUUCCAAAUUAGAUCGUACACAAGCUACCAGUGAAUCCAGAACAUUUUCACCUGAUCUUAGAUUAGAAAAUGUGCAUCCAACCCAUCUCAGUCCAGACUUGGUUACCAUUAAUGAUGAUUCCAGCUUGUCUGGCAGUGGCCUCAGUAUGACCUCACUGCCUCCCUCUGACAGUUCCACUCCUCUGUCUUUCCCAGAUCUGUACAUGUCAGGUAAUCAAAAGGUCCCCGAUGACACCAUGUUGUCUGCUGGAACACAAUUCCAGCCGCCUACGAACCAGGAAGGAUACACUCAGCCUCCCCCAGAUAAUUUUCAGCCAGCAACAACGGAACAAACUCUAACACAAGCCUUCCCUGAAAGGCCUGAAGCAGAUUCUUCUUUGUACACAUUAGAACUUCCAUUUGAUGACUACGACUACAAUCCAAUUUCAACUCCCCCGAUUGUAAUAUCUGGUAUUACGAAUGAUCCUGACUCUUCACACCCCACACCAGCCACUCAACUUAUCACCACACAAAAAACAAUGAGGGAUAUCUCACCAACCCAACAGUCGUAUCUUUGGACACUUCCUCACACAAUAUCCGAACAUACACCAGCCGCCACACAAGUUGCAGCUUUUUGGGUCACCGGCAACUGGAGUUCUUGCUCCACGAGCUGUGGUCUGGGUGCCAUCUGGAGGACUUUGACCUGCAGUACUGGCUCAGAGUCUGAUUGUGACCCAGCCAAGAGGCCAACACCCGCCCAACGUUGUUACUUGCGCCCCUGCUCCAUGUGGAGAGUUGGGGAAUGGACGAAGUGUUCCAGGAAUUGCGGAGGUGGAUUAAAAUCCAGAGAGGUCCAGUGUUUCGACAUGCGAGAUCAGAGACCUCUACGACCUUUCCACUGUCGGGCAAUGUUCUCCAGGCCACAUAGCCAAAUGCCCUGCAACAUUCUGCCAUGCCUGGACUGGUACACUUCUUCCUGGGGACAGUGUUCAGAGGUUUGUGGAGGUGGAGGACAGCAACGACUUGUCACCUGCCCAGAGGAAGAUCUCUGUGACACUGAACUUAAGCCCAGCAACAUCCAGCCAUGCAAUACUCAGCCUUGUGCUCAGUGGCUAACUGGUUCUUGGGGACAGUGCUCUACUUCCUGUGGCGGUGGAGUGCGGCGGCGACUUAUCAAGUGUGUUAACACAAAAGCUGAGACAGAAGAAGUGUUGAAUGAAACUCAGUGUGGCCAUGAGGUGCAACCGGGGAGCACACAGAAGUGUAACUUGGAUAAGUGUCACAGGCACCCUUCUGGGGAGGUUUGUCUCCGUGAUCGUCUCACUUCCCGCUUCUGUCAGACUCUACGCUGGUUGGGCCGUUGCCAAUUGCCCAACGUGCUCGCGCAGUGCUGCAAAACCUGCAAGCAACAACCGGGCCGGGCCGGCCGCAUCAAUCACCAAUAAGCACUCACUGCCGGCUUAACUUCUCUGUUUGCUAAUGGAGAGAAUGUAAAUGUUUAGUUUCAUUUUGUAGAUAAUGUAUUGAAAAAUUGUCACUGACAAAAAGCUACAGAAGAUAGUGCUCUGCCAUGAUUGCACAUCAAUGUAGCCAGCUUAGAAUAUACCGUAUAUAUACACUAGAAGAACUGAAUUUGUGGUUGGUUGCAGGUACAAUACAAAUGAAUGUAUAAAUGAAAUAGCACAUGUACCGAGUGUGAUAAAACAAUGUCAGGUGCUUGCAUUCUAUAAGUGUCUUGUUUACCAGCACUUAAUUACUGCACAUAUUCAGCUAACAAAGGGUGACUCACAGCAGAUGUGAUAGAAGUGAAGUAGAAAUGGAAGAUGAUUGCGGGUAUACAAAAUUGAAUUGUCUCGUCUUGGCAGAUGAUUUGGCAACAUUUUUGGUCAGAUACAUUGAACAAAAAUUCAGCUGUGCACUGGUUAGUAGUUCUCCAUCUCAAAACAAAUCUCUGUACAAGUGACAGUGAAAUGGUAAUACAUUAUCCACUGUGUGCAUUUUUAAUGUUUAAUGUGACCAAAGCUGCAGGAAAUUUGGUGCUCAAGGCCACAUGGCCUCCUAAAUUCAGGUGAGGUAUGGGCAGGCCCAGUGCCUUUAUUAAAUAUUUCAAUAUUGUGCCUUUCGUGUCAUUUCAGAUGAUGGAUCGACAAUUAAGUGGCAAUCAAAUCUAGCUUUUCAUUACUUACCGUAUUGUCCGGACUAUAAUGCGCACCGGACUAUAAGGCGCACCUUCAAUGAAUGGCCCAUUUUAAAACUUAUACUUAUAUAAUAUAUAAGUAUACUUAUAUAUAUAUAACUUAUAUAAACUCCUUAUACAUAUAAGGCACACCGGACUAUAAGGCACACCAUUAAUGCAUCGUGUCAGAUUUUUAAUCCAAAUUAAAUCAUUCUCUAUUUUAUCUUUUUUAUUUCAACUUCAGAUGCAACAAAUUACUUUAUAACCACAAAAUAAUGAUCCAUAGUCUUUUUGAUUCAUGAUUCCUAGUCUUCAGCGGGCCACUUAUGAUUGAUUUCAUGACACAAUGCUUCAGGCCAGUUUAAAUUUAGGAAUUUGGUCCGUAUAUAAGGCGGACCGGACUAUAAGGUGCACUGUCGGCUUUUGAGAAAAUUUUCAGGUGCGCCUUAUAGUCCGGAAAAUGCGGUAGACAUAUAUGUCAAGCUCAUAUUGUGGUCCAGGUAUUGUGAAUUCUAUUUUGGUUUUUAUUUGGUCAUUUCUACACUUAAAGGCACUGUGGUACAUGUAAGGGUAGUGUUUUUCUUAUCAUUUUUUUUUUUUUUUUUUUUUGAAAGCUUCUCUGAAACACAAUUGGCAACGACAAAGUACAAAGUUAUCUGUCUUUAGGGUUUUACUAAAAGAUUUUUGAUGUAGCAUGAUAAAUCAGAAUAGACAAUAGUGUGUCUCAUGACAAAUGAUAACAAUCUGUUGUCAAUCACUUUGUGUUGAAAUGAAAGGAACAAAACAGCUUUUAUCGCCUGUUGGUAACAUAUAAAUCUGUGACUGCUAACAAGACUCUAAAAUUUGUUUUCUUAAUGUAUUUUGUACCUUCACCCUUAAAGGUCGCUAGCUUUUUGAUUGUAAUUUAUAUACAAAGUACUUCUCAGGUCAGCAACCAGCACAGGCCUGAAGUUCCAGGUUAACCAAGAAUACAUUUCACAUAAUGACAUGUAAGAUUUUAUUAGGACCCGGGCAGCGAAUGCUGUGACAGCAGUAUUGUUUUUGUAGUUUGCUGUUGUAAUUUAAUUUAAUAUUUUAUUAACAUUAAAGGCUACUAUACAUUAA